CAAGGAAUGAAAGGGAGGGAAAAAAGGGGGAGUGUAUCAUGAAUCUGUAGCGCUCCAGACACUUGAAUGCAUCAGAGUAACUUAAGAACUUCCUCAUAAUUGUUAUAGAACCCUGUCAGUUUUAAUGCCUUUCUUCCUGCCUUACUCGGUGCCAAACAGCUCCAGUAGAGAGGCUGCGUGAUUCUGCUUUAUUUAGUUUGAAGUAACCUUUUUUUGAAGAUGGAGAAAGGCUACCCACCACAGGAACAAGCUCCACCAUACCCUGGGCCGCCUAUGAACUAUGGCGGUGCAAUGCCACAGCCACAGCCAGGGCCGUACGCUCAGCCGUGCUACUACCCUGUAUCGCCCCCACUUGUGUACCAUGGAAAUGUUGCCAUCGCUCCACCCGCUGCAGUUCCUGCCACAACAGUGACACAUGUGAUAGUACGCAAUGCACUACAUGACGUCCCGGGGCUAGUUGUGUGUCCCCACUGCCAGCAGUCGGUGAUCACCAAGACAAAGCGCACAGCAGGCCUGAUGACAUGGGCUAUCUGUGCUGGCCUCGGCUUCUUUGGGUGUUUUCUUUGCUGUUUUAUACCAUUCUGCAUUGAUUCCUGUCAAGAUGUGGAGCACCACUGUCCUUCCUGCCAAGGACUCAUCUACAUAUACAAGCGAAUGUGAAGCCAUCUGUGAUUAAGGAAGAUGACCUCAAUGCUUAUCUGCGGCCUUACUUGCUCUAUGAUUCUUUUUCCACAGAUAAAAAUUAUAACGUUAAAAACAACUAUCAUAUGCUGACAUUGUCUUGAACAUUUUGCAACUUUUUAAUGCUAAAGACAUAAGCCUCACACUGUAGGGAGUCAUAGCUGUAUUCAACAGUGAGUGGUGAACUUGUUUUUUAAUCAAAACAAACGUUUAUGUAAUAGUAUUUUUAUAUUAUGUUAUUAUACACAAACGAUCAUGCUGUUAAGUACCUUGUAGUUAUGAGUCGCUGCAAAACCAAGACAACAAGAUUAAACACUGAUAAGAACAAAAUAGGUGUUGUACUUAUCAAGUCACGAUCACAAUGGCUAGGGUGAUUCAUUUAGUUUAUUUGUGUGUAACAUCAAAUGUACUUUUUCCUACAUUUACAGUUAUUAUUAUUGGAUUUGUGGCGAUAGUUAGGGCUACAAGUAGGGGUGUUGUGAUUGUUGAGCUUGUGUCGAGUUGGUCUGAUGUGCCGAGUGGGAUGCUACAGCAUAGGAAUCGGGUCAGUGUGGUGGUUACUUCUACCCAGAAAUGCUGAGUUGGUGAACAGGUCCAGAGUGCAUGAAGGUAAUCGUAAGUUUUGUUGAGUACAUUCCUCUCUGUUCCGGUAUAUUCCAUCAUGUGCAUUUUGUGCUGUGUUGUGUGUGCUCUGUGAAUGACCUUGUAUUGAAAUAAUCUUACGUUGGUAUUAGUAGACAUGCGGAAAUUGUUAUUCCUUCCUACAGUUUGACUUUCUCCAAAGAUUUGACUAUUUUAGUGAGAUAAGAAAAAAGAAAGAAAGUACAGCUGCUUUUCUGAUUACUGCUUUAAUAAAGAAAAACAAGCUAAGCCAAUGUCCACCAACUGAAUCUGUUAUCUAAGCAAUCAGGAACGUUAAAAAAUAACAUAAUACAAAGACAGAAACAUCGUGAUUGAAGUUAAAGAUGAUAAUGUUGUAAAACGGUAUGAGAGACAGAAUAUGUGUCAGUCUAGUCUGGGGCACGUGUCGGAAGAGUGAGAGAGUCUUACAGUUUUACUUUCGCUCAAUGUAAAUAUUAACUUUAAAUCUGGCACUGUAUGUUUGGACAAUCAAUUUCGUUGGUUAAUGGUUAGAUGUUAUCAAGCGACUCUUGACCAAGUUCCAUAAAAUGUAACAGACUUUAAAAGAACUGAUAGCAGAAAACCUGACACUCAUGGCAACAUGAACUAAUGAUUAACCCUUAGUUAGUAAAGUUCAACAAUUUUAGAGCAGACGAUCUGAACCAAACACUCACUAAUUGUGCCGCAUCUUGUUAUUCUGUCAUUUGAAAUUAGAAAUUUGUUGGCUAUUAGCUGUUAGAAGCUGCUGUACAUGCAAAAAACAUAUCUGACAAGCUAAUCACUUUUUUAAUGACCGUUAAGUUACAGUUACAAUAUUCGGCAGCUGGUGGGAACAUUUGACAUUUACCCUUAAAAAGUCUCUGAAGUGUCCAUUUGGAAUGCAGGUUAGAUAGGCACGUAAAUAAAAUGCCAAAUUCACGUCUUGGACCCUCUGCUGUGCUCACCAACCUGAAUCCUGGGCCAUCAUAAUGCCCAGCAGCAGCCAUUUAGAGGGCAGGGGGGGUUAUAAAGUAUAAUCUAAUCUACAGAGCAAUCAACUUUGCUCAAUGAGGUCAAAGUAAUGAAGAAGAAACUUGAAGUACAUUAUUUCUUUUCAAUUUCAGAGUCAUUACUUGAAGUAAACAUCACCACUUCUUUACAUGCGCAUGUGAGCUUAGGUAAUUUGUUUUAACUAAUUUUUUAUACUAAUAUAAUUGUUGGGAUCAGUUUUUAAAGGAAGGAAAAUCAUAAAACAAAGAAUGCAGUCGUCUUGAAAAAUCAAUAAAAAUGUACGGUCAAGUGAAGGUAUUUUUUAAAACUUCUUUUCAGUUCGUUAUUCUUUGACAUUUGUACUGUUCAACAGAUUUAGCCUGUGCAGCACACUUGAGUCUGUAUCAUGAAGGAAAGGUUACAAAACAAUAGAAUUUACAAUAUUAUAUUAUAACUAUAAUAACUUUGCUAUUUAUAUAAUGAACAUUGUGAACUAUGUAACUAAUGUUUCUACAACAUGAUCUUGUUGAAACCAUGGAAAUGGCAAUAACAAACCUGAAACCCACCUUCUCCGACAAGUCAGAUACUCAAAACAUUUCAACUAUUGCAUUUUGAGAUAAAGGAAUGGUUUUUCA